GCGGGAGAUAUUCCGAGGGGCGGAGUUCUGGCAGUUGAGAGCCUCCAGGAAGGGGAAACCCGCGUGGUCAGAUCCUCGGGCAAAGGGGAAGCUGGUGCCUGGAGCGGACAAAGCGGUGAAAGGCAGGAAAAAAGCAUUAUAUGGAUCCCUUUGUGGUGUCUUUGUAAACAAGCAAGCACAAAGUGGGAAAAGAGACAUCUGGGAAUAGAAGUGACUUAAAAGGCAGAAGGAAAAUCAAUGAAAGAGGAAAUCCUGUACUUUGCAGGGCGCUGUUAUUGAUGAACUCUGGAUCCCCUAGGAAGAUCACUAAGAGAAAAGAAAGGGAAAGUGUCCAGUGUGGGCAAAAAUAUUAAAAAGUAAGCCAAAGUAAAAUUGCGGCACCUACAGAGGGGAAAAACUAUAUCAAUGCAUGGAAUGUGAAGAGUGUUUCAGACUCUUACCAGCUUACUUCACAUGAAAGAACCCAUAUAGAACAGAAAGCAUAUGAGUACCUGGAAUGUGGAAAGAGGUUCAGCAUGACCUCUCACCUUACUUUGCAUCAAAGAACGCAGACGGGGAGAAAUGAUAUGAAUGCAUGAGUGUGGAAAAAGCUCCAGUCAGAAGGGCCACCUUACUCAACAUAAAUGUACGCAUGCAGAGGAGAAACUGCAUGAAUACAUGUAGUGUGGAAAGUCCGUCCAUAUAAGAACUCAGCUUACUUUAUAUCAAUGAACCCAUACAGGGAAGAAAACGUAUAUAUCUACUGAAUGCAGAAAGAGCGUCAGUAUGAGAAAUAAGCUUACUUUACAUCAAAGAACCCACACAGGAGAAAAACCCUAUAAAUGUGCAGAGUGUGGAAUAAGUUUCACUCAGAGGCAUCACCUUACUUCACAUCACAGAACCCACACAGGGGAGAAGCCAUAUAAGUGUCUGGAGUGUGGAAAGAGUUUCAGUUGUAGUCAAAGCCUAGCUUCCCAUCAAAGAACCCACACAGGGGAGAAACCAUAUAAGUGUCUGGAAUGUGGAAAGAGUUUCAGUCAGAGUAGUAGCCUUUCUUUACAUCAAAGAAUCCACACAGGAGAGAAACCGUAUAAAUGCACAGAGUGUGGAAAUAGUUUCAGUCAGAGCCAAAGCCUUACAUCGCAUCACAGAACCCACACAGGGAAGAAGCCAUAUAAGUGUCUGGAGUGUGGAAAGAGUUUCAGUUGUAGAAAUAGCCUAGCUUCCCAUCAAAGAACCCACACAGGGGAGAAACCAUAUAAGUGUCUGGAAUGUGGAAAGUGUUUCAGUCAUAGUAGAAGCUUUUCUUUACAUCAAAGAAUCCACACAGGAGAGAAACCGUAUAAAUGCACAGAGUGUGGAAAUAGUUUCAGUCAGAGCCAAAACCUUACUUCGCAUCACAGAACCCACACAGGGGAGAAGCCAUAUAAGUGUCUGGAGUGUGGAAAGAGUUUCAGUUGUAGAAAAAGCCUAGCUUCCCAUCAAAGAACCCACACAGGGGAGAAACCAUAUAAGUGUCUGGAAUGUGGAAAGAGUUUCAGUCAGAGUAGUAGCUUUUCUUUACAUCAAAGAAUCCACACAGGAGAGAAACCGUAUAAAUGCACAGAGUGUGGAAAUAGUUUCAGUCAGAGCCAAAACCUUACUUCGCAUCACAGAACCCACACAGGGGAGAAGCCAUAUAAGUGUCUGGAGUGUGGAAAGAGUUUCAGUUGUAGAAAAAGCCUAGCUUCCCAUCAAAGAACCCACACAGGGGAGAAACCAUAUAAGUGUCUGGAAUGUGGAAAGUGUUUCAGUCAUAGUAGAAGCUUUUCUUUACAUCAAAGAAUCCACACAGGAGAGAAACCAUAUAAAUGCAUAGAGUGUGGAAAAUGUUUCAGUCAGAGCUCACACCUUUCUUCACAUCACAGAACCCACACAGGGGAGAAGCCAUAUAAGUGUCUGGAGUGUGGAAAGUGUUUCAGUUGUAGUCAAAACCUUACUUUACAUCAAAGAAUCCACACAGGAGAAAAACCCUAUAAAUGUGCAGAGUGUGGAAAGUGUUUCAGUUGUAGUCGAAACCUUACUUCACAUCAAAGAACCCACACAGGAGAGAAACCAUAUGAAUGUAUGGAAUGUAGAAAGAGGUUCAGUGAUAGUAGAAACCUUUCCUCCCAUCAAAGAACCCACACAGGAGAGAAACCAUAUAAAUGCAUAGAGUGUGGGAGCAGUUUCAGUUGGAGCCAAAGCCUUACUUCGCAUCACAGAACCCACACUGGGGAGAAGUCAUAUAAGUGAAGUGUGGAAAGAGUUUCAGUCGUAGUCAAAGGCUAGCUUCCCAUCAUAGAACCCAUACGAGGGAGAACCCACAGAGGGGCGAAGCCAUAAAAAUGUCUUGAAUGUGGAAAGGUUCAGUGCGAGCUCUUACCUUAAUUUGAACCACCAGUAUCGUCUUACUGCACACCAAAGAACCCACACGGAAGAAAGCAACAAUGCAUGGAGUGUGUAACGAACUUCAGUCAUAGUAAAAGCAAAUGAAGUGGCUGCAUCAUGGCCCUGCUUUCAGACUAUGGCCUUGCAACAUUUUAUCUGCUCCUAGAAACGGUUGACAUGGAUGAUUUUGAACCCAACUUCCAGAGUAUUGAUUUCAGCAACAAGGAAACCAAAUUGAGAAUCAGCUAAUGUCUGGGAUAGGUGUGAUAGCUUUCCCUAGUUCUCCAUUAAUCCCUUGUACCCACUGCCAACUGAUUAAAUUCUCACCAAGACACUUACUGUCAUGCCAUGCUCCUCCUCUCACACUCUGAGGGAUCUUCUCUCUCCUCCAACAUAAACAGUAAGCAUGGUUCAUUCUUGAUUGGCCUGUUUGUCCUUCGUAACAAAAUGAAGAAGGAUGUUGCUGUCCGAUAUUAGCUUAUACAAUUUGGGCAGAUGGACAGUGAAAAAAGCGGGUAAGAGAAAAAACAACGCAUUUGAAAGGUGGUGUUGGAGGAGAGCUUUGCGCAUACCUUGGACACACCCAGGGGAGAAACCAUUUAAAAGCAUGGAAUGUGGGAAGAGCUUCAGUGUGAGUAGUGCACUUAAUGUACAUCACAGAAUACACACGGGGGAGAAACCAUUGAGAUGUGAUGUGGCAUAGGCCGCCAUUAGAGCAAGGCCUGGCGCACUCGUCCGCCCAUGGAGCUGUUGUCACAUACUGCUGUUACCAAUAGAAGGCCUGACCUAACUGCCCCUGAGGAGUUAGGGUGUAGAUCUGCUCUAGUGAAGCGCUUCACUGACUAAACAACCUUAAAACAGGCUUUGGCUUCUUCAUGGAGUCUCCCACAAAACAGAAGCCAUUGUAAAUUCCACAACAGAUAUAUGGUGUGUGGAAAGCGUUUUAGUGAGAAUCGUCACCUUACUUUAUAUGAAAGAAUGCAGCCAGGGGAGAAACUGUAAAUGAAUGGAAUAUGGAAUGACCUUCAGUGUGGGCCUUGCUCUACAUCUUUAAAGUAGAGGAGUGGUGGAAUUUCGGUGGACCAAUGUAGUAUUUAGCAAUGUUAAGUAUGUAGUUAAUAUUAAUCGUACAGGCUAUCAAAGAUUAAAGCCCUAUACGGCUUUGGGCCAAGAUACCUAGAAGAUCAUCGCACCUCUUAUAUAUCCAACUAAUCACUGCAACUCCCUCCUUUACAUAUCAGAUAUCUGCUGUCUCGGUUUUCUUUUGGGCAUCAACUGAAGACCUUCCUUCCCCCCCCCAACCAAACUUUUAAAUGGAGAUCUUUAUCCCUGUUUGUAUUUGUAUUGGAUUUUAAAAUACUUUUAAUCAUUUUGAAGUAUAAAAUGGUUUUGUUGGUGUUUUGGGGAAGCAAUUAAUAAAUGGAAAUUAAAAAGUAA